GAAGCCGUUAACUUGUACGGUUCGUUCUAGAAAAAACAAGCUUGAUCAAUUGCUGCGUCUCCGUUAAACAACUCUCUUGAUACAACUGCAACCACCAUUUUACAGGGUCUCUCUCAGACUCUUCACACCACACUGAAGCAAUGCUUCACCUCCUCACCACACCCUCCCUCCCCUCCUUUCCAGCCAAUACCAAACCGCACCACCACCACGUUCACUCUCUAACGCCCAAUCGAUCCAAGGCUUUUCCUCAUCCCCACCGUCCUAUCCGAUGCGCUGGCAGUGGCAACGUCAAAGUCGAAGUCGACUCCUUCACUAAGCGCUCCGGGUACCUCUUCGAGCUCACCGUCUCGGAGGCCGAUUCCUUGGCCGAGUACGGCCUGUCGAAGAUCGCCGCUAUCUACAAGAGGAAGCCGCUGGUUCUCAUUCGCCGCGUUAUUCAGAUCGGGUCCACUUUUGGGAGAUGGUUCGGGCUCCGGUACCUCGACCGGGUUAUGGAGCGCUCGGACCAGAUGUUCGAGGUUAGAGCUGCAGAGCUUCGGAAAAUAUUGGUGGAACUUGGACCGGCAUAUAUCAAAAUUGCUCAGGCUAUCUCAUCCAGACCUGAUUUGAUACCACCCUCAUACUUGGAUGAACUCUCACUGUUGCAAGAUCGAAUAAGUCCAUUUUCCACUAAAGUUGCUUUCAACACAAUCGAACAAGAACUUGGUUUACCAAUAGAUGAACUUUUUUCGGAGAUUUCACCAGAGCCUAUAGCUGCAGCAUCCCUUGGGCAGGUUUAUCAAGCUAGGCUUCGUCAUGGGGGAGAGGUUGUUGCUGUUAAAGUGCAGAGACCUGGAAUUCAAGCCGCCAUAUCCCUAGACAUACUAAUCUUGCGUUUUCUAGCAGGGUUACUGAGGAGAGCAGGCAAAUUGAACACUGAUCUUCAGGCUGUUGUUGAUGAAUGGGCAUCAAGUCUUUUUCGGGAGAUGGAUUACAUAAAAGAAGCAAACAAUGGUCUCAAGUUCAGACAGCUAUAUGGUGGGCUACCAGAUGUUUUGGUCCCAAAAAUGUAUGUGGAGCAUUCGACUCGGAAGGUCCUUGUUAUGGAAUGGGUCGAGGGGCAGAAGUUGUCAGAAGUGAAGGAUCUUUACUUGAUUGAGGUUGGAGUCUAUUGCUCAUUCAAUCAACUUCUGGAAUAUGGGUUCUAUCAUGCAGAUCCACACCCUGGAAACCUUCUCCGUACAUAUGAUGGGAAACUAGCUUAUUUAGAUUUUGGUAUGAUGGGUGAAUUUCAACAAGAACUUCGUGACGGAUUUAUUGAAGCCUGUCUCCACCUUGUGAACCGUGAUUUUGAUGCUUUGGCUAAGGACUUCGUUACUCUUGGGCUUCUUCCACCAACUGCAGACAAGGAAGCUGUUACAAAGGCUUUAACAGGUGUAUUCCAGGAUGCUGUUGCUAAAGGAGUCCGAAACAUUAGCUUUGGAGACCUGUUGGGAAAUUUAGGAACAACCAUGUAUAAGUUCAAAUUUCAAAUACCUUCAUAUUUUUCUCUUGUAAUUCGGAGCCUUGCUGUAUUGGAAGGAAUUGCAGUUAGCUCUAACCCAGAUUACAAAGUUUUGGGUAGUACGUACCCUUGGAUUGCUCGAAAAGUACUGACUGACAGCUCACCAAAGCUAAAGUCUUCUUUGCAAGCUCUUCUUUAUGAGGAUGGUGUUUUCAGAAUUGAUCGUCUAGAGUCCCUGUUAACGGAGUCCCGCCGUGCGAAAACAGAGAAGGCCUUGGUCAGUAAAGAAGCAGUGGAAAUUGAUUCUAGUGUGGUUAUCAAGCAAGUCCUUUCUUUUACUUUAACUGAGAAGGGUGCCUUUGUGAGGGAUAUACUUGUUCAAGAAAUUGCUAAGGGUUUGGAUGCACUUGGGCUAGCAACACUGGAUUCUAUAACUUCUUCAGCUAUUGCAAGUAUACCCUUCAUUUCUUUGUUUUCUUUCCCGUCCAUGACCGAUGAAGACAUGGUCAACUUGAGAACCUUGCGCCGCCUUAUUCAGUUGCUGUCAGGGUAUCAACAGACUGAAAAUUCCAACCUGGGAGUUGGAGGUGUCAGCCCAGAUAAGAAUCAAAAACUGUACCAAGAAGAAGCAUCAUUUGUUUUUAAUCAACUUGUAUCUGUUCAAGAAAUUCUGCCUAUCCUAUCUGUUAUUACUGAGCUCCCACCAGAAUCCCAACAGCAGUUACUUAGCCUCCCAGCUGAUCUAGCCGGACGAUUGAGUUCCCGUGUUGCUGCAAGGACACUCCGGAGGUGGUUUUUGUGAAACAUUUAUAUUUGUAUACGAAUAAAGCCUAUAAUUCAUUUGGAAAUGUUGAAAGAUUUUGUUCAAUCAAAUACAUUUAUGUA